CACUCGGCUGAAAAAAAGGGAAACUACAGUUGAUGAAGUCGGGUUUAAACACAGAGCUGACUCUCUUUCUUUCACUCUACCGCGAGUUUAAGUGAUCUCACCCUUUCCCACUCCGGCACAGCAAACAGACUGAAAAUAAAACACAACCAAGUAUUUCCAAAGAGAUUAAAAAAUGGCGGAAAAUCUACAGAAACUUGUUGCAUCUAAGAAGGAUGUGGUAGAGAAUGUAAUGGAGGUAUUUGAGCAAGGAGCAGAGGUGUUGGCCAGUUUCGCUGGAGAUCUGUUCCCUGUUUUCUCCAUCGCUGCUCCCAUUGUAAAGCUGGCACUAGAUAAUGUAGAAAGCAAGGAAGCAGAAUACAUGAAGGAACAGUUUCAGAAAGUCCGUGAGCGUCUGGAGGUCAUAUCAGAGGAGAUCCAGCGCAUAAAUGACGAAGUGAAAAAAAGCGGCAUGGACGAAGCUUACUUCUCAGUGGAGGAGAAUAUAACCAACCAGUUCCGCAAGUACAUGGACAUCCUAAACGCCAAGCCAAAGUUUCGGGAAGCCAAGAAGAAGCAAUUCCUGGAGCAUUUCAUGAAAACUGGUGGAGACAAAAACUUGCACACGCUUUACGGUGCUGCAAUCGGAGAUAGCUUCAAAGGAGAGUCCAUCCUGGAAAUCACUCUUAACUAUGAACAGAAAAGCCGGCGACCCGUGGAAGACUUCUGCGCCAGACUAAAGCAGUUGUUCUGCAUAGGUCUCAUCGCUUUGAUGGGCCACACAGCUCUGAAAGGUUUUGAUGAUGAAGAGGAGCAGCUCAGAGAUUGGGCUGAGAAGAUGAAGGUGGUCCAGUCAAAAAUGAGUGCGGUCAUCGAGGACUGCAUAAACAGCUUCCCAAGUCAGGCCGAGCUCGAUAUCAAGCGCCUGGUCAGGGAUCACAAGGACAAAAGCAACCAGGAGCUGGCUGACAUGAUCAUCAAGAACCUGAAAGUGAAGUACGACUGGGUGAGCUGGUCAGUCCGCGUCUUUAACUCGCCAAAAGGCUUGUUCACCAGCAAGAAGGACUACCAGUGCGCCACAGGCAAGAGCAGGUUUCAGGUGCCUUCAGAUGAGAAUUUGAAUGUUGUGGUUUCCUACAGCGCCUCUCCUGAACCUCUAGACAAAGCUCAGAUCCAGCAGUUAAUCCAGGAGCAGAAGAAAGUCACAGUGGCAGAGCUUGUCUUUGAGAAGUUCCCCAAGUGUGUGGUCCAUGCUGUGAAGAAGUCAUGCAAACCCAUGUCUUACUCGUGGAGCUUUCAGGAUGAGUCUCAUUUCUUUGAGGAGUUUAAGAACUUUUACUUGUUUGUUCAUUAUUCUUAAGUCACAGACCAAAACAUCUUUGGAUACCAGGAACAAUGACUGACUAUUUUGAUUAGCCAUUAGUCAAGUUCUCUUUUUUUAAAAUUUUCAAAUGCUGUGGGAGUUUUUAGAAUUAAUCUUAGUCAGUUAUAAACAUUACUGUACCUUUGCAAUUUUAAAAUGUGCCUUAUGACUUGUCAUACUUGUGUCUUUGGAUCAUUUUGUAUGUCCUAGGGGAAUGUCUGUUAGGCUUUAUAAAAGGUGUAAGUCUAAUGAAGUUGAACAAAAACAGCCUGGAUGCAAUAAUGCUGCCAAAUUCCUGGUUUGUUUUUACAGCCUUGUUUUGCAUUAUGUUGUAAAAUUGUAGAAAUACUUCAUAUCUACAGCUGUUUGUCCCUGUGUGUGUUAUGGUGUGUUGGGUUCUUAAGGACAAAAUCAGACCUUGAAUUACUACAUUCAUUAAAGCUGGACAUGUCUGAACAUGUCGGAUCAUGAACGGAUAAGAAAUUGUUUCCUUAUGAACUCUUUCCAUUCUGUUGGACUUUGACAUAUUUUCCCAGUUAAAUAGUUUUUAAAAUAUGCUUUUAGUUUUAUUAAAAAAAAAAAAAAAUCCUGCAAAGUGGUAGAGUUCUUAUUUGUACUCCAACAUGAAAAAAUUGGUUACUGUUCAGUAGUUUACAAUGAUAAAUGAUGGUCAUGUGGCUUUUGGUUAAAAUGUACUGCAGAGUUUAUUUGAAGCCUCCCAGUGUAGGAUGUGCUUUCUUUUAAUUUCACUACAAAAUUAUACAUUAUUAUUCAGUUAUAUGUUUAAUUGAUAAUAACACUAUAGCAGUAAGCAUGCAUUUUAUUUUUUUUGUCUCUUGACUAAUACAGAAUUUAUGUCUAAGUAAAUUGGGAUUUUGUUUAAGUUUAAGAUUACUGUGUCAGUUCGUUAUUUACGUCAGAUACAAGCAAUCUGAGCUGGUUGAGCAGGUUAUACAGCUGAAAUGCACCUUUGAUUAAUUACCCAGACGACAACACUUCCAACUUAUGUUAUGUUUUUAACAUUAUGCCAAUACAUAAUGUUUAUGUAUUGUUUUUCUCUCUGUCUCUAUUAAACAUGUAUAAUUAAUUUGCACUGAUUAUUAUGAUUAUUAUUGUUAUUAUUAUUACACAUCAACAAAAAAGGCACAAUCUAAAUUUAACUAAGCGAAUGUGUGUGUGGACACAGUUAUUUGUUUUAACCUGGGUCAGCAUGUCAUUUCUUUUUACGAUAUAAACUUUAUAUUGUCAAUGCAGAAAAACAUACACAGUCCAUAAAAAUAUUUUUUUUUUGUUUUUUGUCUGGAACUGACAUAAUUAACUUCAAACAUAUAAAUCAGCAGAUGACUAUAUAUGCACUUUUCACAUAAAAGAAAGUUACAGGCAAGGAAGUUCCUCUUUUUUUCCCCACAGAUCAUAGAUUGUAACACUAGUAGAGGAGUUGAGGAGUUAUAGACACACUUCAGUGGAGAAAUAGAUGCGGUUGUGCACUGAGCGAAACACCCUUCCUUCUUACUCUGUAAUUACGCACCAGAACAGCAGACUGUUAGGUUUCUAUAUAAGGCUCCAAUCCACUGCAUGCAAAACAAAAAAAAAGGUAAAAAUACAUUACCAUUAAAAUGAAUGUUAAACAUCAUAACUAAAAACAAGGCUUAGACACAGGCAAGGAUUAAAUCAAAGCACAACCAAAAAACAAAUGUUUUAUCUUAUGGUCCAUUUUAAAUUCUAAUGAAUGAGCUAUUUUGCUGAAAGAACCAAUCUAUCUUGUAAACUGGACUUGCGAAUAUACUGUAUAUUUGAGUGUAAAAUUUGUGUUACUGUUUUAUUAAAGGUGAAAAAUAAAGAAGUAUAAUGUACUAA